ACUCACAUGGCAGGAAGCAGCAGUAUACAGACCGUUCCAGAAAGGCUUCUCUGCUUGCCAGCUGGCUCCCCUUUCAGUGAUCUGAAAGACUAAGAUAGAAGCUGCAGUAUUAUUUUUCAUAGCUUGAUUUCCGAAGCAGUGCCAUCACUUCUGACAUAGAGCAGUACAGUGUGGGAGGCAGUCACACCAAGAGUACAACAACCAAGGAGAGAUACUGAGGUCAGCUACUACAGCCAUUAUUUGUAAAUCAUUUCAGAAUGACUACCAUCUUGACUUCCACUUUUAGAAACCUUUCUACUACAUCAAAAUGGGCCCUCAGAUUUUCUGUAAGACCUCUGAGCUGUUCUUCACAAGUACAGUCUGCCCCAGCUGUCCAGACCAAGUCAAAGAAGACUUUAGCAAAACCUAAUCUAAAGAACAUUGUGGUGGUGGAAGGUGUCCGAAUUCCAUUUCUGCUGUCAGGCACUUCGUAUAAAGACCUAAUGCCACAUGAUUUGGCUAGAGCCGCACUUUCGGGUUUGUUGUAUCGGACCAAUAUUCCAAAGGAUGUUGUUGAUUAUAUCAUUUUUGGUACAGUUAUUCAGGAAGUAAAAACAAGCAAUGUGGCUAGAGAGGCUGCCCUGGGAGCUGGCUUCUCUGAUAAGACUCCAGCUCACACUGUCACCAUGGCUUGUAUCUCUUCAAACCAAGCCAUGACCACAGCUGUUGGUCUGAUAGCUUCUGGCCAGUGUGAUGUCGUCGUGGCUGGUGGUGUUGAGUUAAUGUCUGACGUCCCUAUUCGUCAUUCAAGAAAUAUGAGGAAAAUGAUGCUUGAUCUCAAUAAAGCCAAGACUCUGGCCCAGCGCCUGUCCUUACUCACUAAAUUCAGAUUGAAUUUUCUGUCCCCUGAGCUCCCUGCAGUGGCUGAGUUCUCCACUAACGAGACAAUGGGCCACUCUGCCGACCGUCUGGCUGCUGCCUUUGCUGUUUCUCGAAUGGAACAGGAUAAAUAUGCACUGCGUUCUCACAGUCUGGCCAAGAAGGCACAGGAUGAAGGACAUCUUUCUGAUAUUGUACCCUUCAAAGUACCAGGAAAAGACACAGUUAGCAAAGAUAACGGGAUCCGUCCUUCCUCACUGGAGCAAAUGGCCAAACUAAAGCCUGCAUUCAUCAAACCCUAUGGCACAGUGACAGCAGCGAAUUCUUCUUUCCUGACUGAUGGCGCUUCUGCGAUGCUAAUCAUGUCAGAGGACAGAGCUCUGGCCAUGGGUUAUAAGCCAAAGGCAUAUUUGAGGGAUUUUAUAUAUGUGUCUCAGGAUCCAAAAGAUCAGCUUUUACUUGGACCAACAUAUGCUACUCCAAAAGUUCUAGAAAAGGCAGGAUUAACCAUGAAUGAUAUUGACGCUUUUGAAUUUCAUGAAGCCUUCUCAGGUCAGAUUUUGGCUAACUUUAAAGCUAUGGAUUCUGAUUGGUUUGCACAAAACUACAUGGGUAGGAAAACCAAGGUUGGAGCACCUCCUCUGGAGAAGUUUAAUAUCUGGGGCGGAUCACUCUCUCUGGGACACCCUUUUGGAGCCACUGGCUGUCGGUUGGUCAUGGCAGCUGCCAACAGACUGAGGAAGGAUGGAGGCCAGUAUGCUUUAGUGGCUGCCUGUGCAGCUGGAGGACAGGUACGUCACUGCAGUGUCAUCAGGACUCUCACGUCCUUAGAAUGUUUUAUUUGAAGCAUUGAUGAAAUGCUGUUUCUAAUGACAGAAAACAGCAGUUCUCUUUUUUUUUUUUUUUUUUUCUUUUUUCUUUUUUUCGGAGCUGGGGACCGAACCCAGGGCCUUGCGCUUCCUAGGCAAGCGCUCUACCGCUGAGCUAAAUCCCCAACCCCAGCAGUUCUCUUUUGAGAGGUGAGAAGACUAUUGAUUUUAAUUCUGAUAUUAAAUUGAAAGGAAAAUGCUCUUUAAAUGUAAGCUGUUUUUCUCUUUUAAAUGUUUAUACUUCUUGUUUAUAAUAUAUUUAAUAUAUGCUCAUUAUGGAAGCUAUAUAAAAUAUAAAAAUAUAUUGAAAAAUAAUUUAUAACUGUGAGGCACUAGCAUUAAAAGGAUUACAAUGUAUUUUCUUCCUUAAUGAGAAAUUUUUAUUCAUUUACCUAGUAGUCGUGACACCUUAUCUAUAAAGUCUAAAGUAAACAGUCUCUGUGGCUGUUAACUCAGUGAUCAAGUAAGUGCUUGUCUUGCUUGUUUGAAGUCCUGGGUCUGUAGCACCACAUAAAACCGGUUGUCUCCUGAUAACUGACUUACUGCAGGGGAGUUAACCUCUCCAUGGUAUGUGGCUGUUGUUCAGCCAGGAAUUCAGUAGACGUUCUCCUGCCUACCUCACUUAUGUUAUAGACUCAGCAUGCUCCACACUAUAACAUUUCACUGGGAGCAAAAUCCUAAAGGAAGACUAGCUAUGGCCUUUUUGGUUUUCUUAAAACAGUUUUUCUGUGUAGCCCUGGCUGUCCUGGAACUUGCUUUGUUGACCAUGUUGGCCUCUAGAGAUCUCUCUACCUCUGCUUCCCCAGUGCUGGAAGUAAAGCCACCACACUCACCAACACAGUCUUUUUUUUUUUAAAACUCUGAUAUAGACAGGUUUUUGUUUUCAUAUUAUAGACCCUGUGCUAAGCAAGACAAAUAAGCUCUGUAAAGGCCUAAAAUCUCGUCUAUAGCCACCCUGAAUAUACCUGAUGGCUGGAAGUAUAGAAUUAUUCCUUUUUUUCUUUUUUUCCGGAGCUGGGGACCGAACCCAGGGCCUUGCCCUUGCUAGGCAAGCGCUCUACCACUGAGCUGUAAUCCCCAACCCUAGAAUUAUUAAAAGAUGAGGUAGACAGCUUUUCUUUACAGAGUUUGAAGAAAGAAAGAUUGUUUCUAAGUUGAAACAUUGUUGCUUCAUGGUCUGAAACUUUUUAAUUGUACUAGGAUUAAACACAGGGCUCCAUACACCCGGGACACAGCCCCGAACUCAGAGCCGCCUAAUCAUUUGUGAGACUCUGCUGCUGAAAUCUUGCUUAUCCGGGUGGGAGCCUCUCAUCUCUGCCUGCUCCUUGAGGGAGAAGACUGUGUGUCUCCUGUGGUCUACACAGAUUCCCUGCCACUUGUGCAGUUGUUAUCUCUGGUAUAUAGAGUGUACUUAACACUAGAGCAUUUUGUGGAUGAGUGUAGACUAUUCAGUGUCUUUCUUCUAGAAGCUUUAAGCUUGCUACUUGUUGUUUAAUUGAGCCAGUUGAGUGACACCAACAUGAUUAAAAAAUUAGAGCAAAACUUCAGUGUGGCGGAUCUAGAGCAGUGCUGUUCUUUUUAGAGUUCAUUUUUAUUUUAUGUGUAUUGAUGUUUUGCCUGCAUGUGUGUCUGUGUGAAGGUGUCAGAAACCCUGGGAUUAGAGUUACAGACAGGUGUGAGCUACUGUGUGGGGGCUGGAAGUUGAACCCAGGUCCUCUGGAACAGCAGCCAGCACUCUUAGCUGCUGAGCCAUCUCUCUAGCCCAAGGCAGUCAGUGUACUUCAUCUUAGACGUUGUUAAUAUUUUGGGCCAGUUAAUUCUUUUGGCUGUGUGCUGUAGGAUGUUUUAGCAUAGCCUGUACCCAUGAAAUUCCAAUAGCAACAAGUUCUCUCCCAGCCCUCCCUUGCCCGUAUGUCUGUGCACACAGUCGGAUGCUAGUAGAAAUGCCUACCACAUGACUUCUGAAUGAAGAGAGUGGGAAGCUCUUUCUAAGGCGAGAACCACUGAUCGUGUUGAAACAUGAAAAUAGUGCAUUUUAAGGAAAGUUGGAGGAGUGUUCUGCCUCCUGUGGGUCAGUCUAACUUUCCUAUCCCUGCUCUGUCUGUCUGUCUGUCUGUUUGCUUUAUCAAAGUUAACUGAUUAUUUUGAACACAUAAUGUAUGUGCUAAAUUCCAGAUGACGGUCUUGUAUAUAAACUUUAAACUUACAUAGUAUUGAAUUUAGUACCUUAUAAAUAAUAGCUUCUUAAUAAAUAUUUGUUGGAAUUGAAUUGAACCUAGAAGCUGAGCUUUUCAUGAGGCUGUCUACAGGUUUGAUGGCAGUCCAGCAGUUAGAAUGACUGUGUUUAUCAGAUAGAAUUUAGACCCAGGAAAUCCUAAGUGUUUAUGUUAAGACUUAAACUUGGGUCAGAACUAGUACCUAGAGCUGUGCUGAGUGUUGCAGAAAGGAUGCUGUUUGUUCUUCUACCCUUAAGUGAGCUCAGUUCACCUUUUUUUUUUUUUCAACUGUAGCUUUAGAUUUUCUUUUGCUCUUCUCAUAAAUUCCAUCUGCACUGCAGUUUCCCCCCCUUCCUCCAUCUCUCCCCUGCCCUACGUUGAGUCUUCCCUAGAUCCACCUUCCUUCUCCCUCCCCUCAGAAAAGCACAGGCUUCCCAGGGACACAACCGAACACAUCAUAGCAAGCUACAGCAAGGCCAGGCACAUGCCAUCAUGUUCAGUUCAUCUAACCAGAGAAUAGCAAAGAGUCAAGCCCGGGCUUUAGAAUCAGGAUCCUUACACCCGUUUCCAAAUCUCGUCUUUCUUCCCAAUAGCUUUGUGAUUUGACUGAGUCACUUAACCUCUCAAAUCCUGUGUGGGUGGGCCAGUGGUAGAGGGCUUGCCUAGCAUGCCUGCAGCCCUGACUUCAUCCCCCAGUACCACAGGAACUACAAUAUAAAAGCAACCAUUUACUGCAUUUACUAGGACUCCACUCUUCAUUAGACUGAGUCUGGUGCAUUCAUGGGGGGGGGGGGAGUGGCAUGUAUGUAUAGCCGUUGAAUAUAUAUAUAAGUACAUGUAUGUUUAUAUAAUGUGUUCUGAUUUAAUUUUUAUAAAAUCUUUCUAAACUAGGCACCAUGAACUCCAUUUUAUAGAGGAAGUUGGGGCUUGGAGUGAUCACUUUCCCGCGAUCACACAGUAGUGAUGGUUAUGCUGUCGGUUUGUCUAUGUACUGGCCGGACUUCCACCUUUCACUGCUUCCUUAGUCUGACUGAACUUUCUUCUUCACAGGGUCAUGCUAUGAUUGUGGAAGCCUACCCAAAAUGACUGCUCUGGAAGGAGGCAACUGAUCUCUGCAGCACUCGCACUGGGCAAUGCCAUUUCAAUGCACUACCAAGUGAUACCUGCAGUUCCUAGCUCUUCUUAGGAAACAACAUUUGUGGCCUUCUCUUAAAUAUUUUGCGGUCAAGCCUUGCCAGUGUUCGAGCUUUCCGAUAAUCACAGCUUCUGCUCUCUAAGUUCCAGACUAUCACAGAUGUGUACACAGUUCUUGUUAUCUCUUGUCUCUAAGACUAAUGACUGCCAGCUGCUUGGAGAGAGGUUAGCUGAGGUUUAGAACCAUCUUUGUAACAUUUGCAGAAUCUCCUCCUUCCUGUCAGUGUCCUACAGAGAAUUAUUUUUUCUAAAAUACAAUCCAAUGUGCCUACAUUAAGUUACUAUAGAAAAAAAUAAUCUAAACAUCUCCUAAAACUGACUUGCUUAGAGACAUGUUUGUUGACCUUAAUAAAGUAGACAUGUAUUAGA